CUUAAACAUGGAGACAACUGAGGAUUACCAAACUGUGGAGAAAUCUGGAGAAAUUCCUGGAUUUAUUGAUUCCGAGGAAAUAGAUUUCGGUACCGAGCCUUCAUCUGACCAAGUCAAUCAAGUGCAUACUGAAGAAUUACUUCAUGGUGACCAAGAUGCAGAGGAAGAAGUGAUUGAACCUACGGUACCGGUGGCCUUGGACAUACAGGAGGAAUUGGCCGCAGAAGAAACACCAGAUCUCGAUGAAAAUCAUGAAGAGUCGGCCCAAGUCUCAGAGGCAAGCAGUAAAGGACCACGGUUGGUACAAUUUCCGCUAAGCAAAAUAAAGCAGAUCAUGAAAUUCGAUCCCGACGUACAGGUAAUCUCGGGACAAGCAAUUUUCCUGGUAACCCGUGCUGCAGAGCUGUUCGUGCAGACUAUGGCGAAAGAAUUCUACACGCAUACUGUGGCUGGUAAAAAGAAAACCAUUUCUAAGCGGGACGUGGAUUUGACGAUACAAUCAGUCGAUACUCUGAUGUUCCUUGAGGGAAUGAUGAAUGUGCAACCAUCGUAGAUUUAUUUUUUAGUAGUAGAUAGACGUAAGGUACAUUAAA